AUGACAACCAACAACAACCUAGCCGACACGGCAACCCUCAUACAACUGAAAGGCGAAAAGAAUCUGGGUGACUGGGAGUCAGCUCUCUGGGUCGCCCUGGACUGCGCCAACCUCACCGACUAUGUCUUCAGUCCAAAAGACAAACCAGAACCGAAAGACAAGGACUCAGAGAACCUUUUCUGUCGCUACACGACGGGCAUGGAACUCGUCAAAGACCUCUGCGAGUUCACGUGCUCGUUGGGAUACUGUCCCAAGACCGCCUGUGUCUGCUCUCGACUGGGCAAGCCCCCUACUCUGCCAAAGCCGACGGGCGUCCAGGGCUAUCCCACGAGCAACAUGGACGAAAGUGUGUCGGGGCUUUGUUCCUUUGCGUGCAACUACGGCAACUGCUCCGACUUUUCCGACUACUGCUCCACCAAGAAGGUGGCACUUGCAGUGCGGCCGGCCUCUCUUUUCGAACCCCAAUAUUGUGAUUCCGGCAGGGCGCGGGGAGGAGAAGAACGCUUUGAGCAGCUUUGUAAAUUCAGCUGCAGCCAUGGGUACUGCCCGUUCUGGGUGUGCGUCUGUGAAAUCGAGAAGGGAUUUGCCAACAUCCUUGACCCCACCAUACCAUCCAGGGCCAGCAUGAAGUCUCUGCCUGGCCUGCUCGACUAUGGCCUCUGUGGCUUCGCCUGCCAGCGUGGUUACUGCCCAACUGACAUUUGCUUCGAUGAUGGCGUGUACGACGACGACGAGGGCUGGGGCCCAGACUAUGACCCGAUUGAGGGAGAGUACAUGGAUUUCACGCCCAUCGAGGCGCUAAGCUGCGAUCCCGACAAGGCGCCGCAGACGUUGGACGAUCUUGUUAACGCGGUUGACACCGGGUCGAUUCCUUCCAUAUGCUGGAAUCAAUGGGCGCUGGGGAUCCUGCUCCAGACGCUUUUGGGCAUCGGAAGCGAGUAUCGAGAGAGCCUCAAGGGAUAUGAUAAGCUGUUUUCCACUUAUCAAAAAUAUAUCAGGGAGAGCGUCGGCCCGCAGCUGGAGAAGUUCGCCCAUCCAGGAAGUAUGAAGUCGCCCGGACUCAAGUACUUUGACUGUGUGGUGUCGAUAAACGGAAAGAAGUACUCGGACAAACAGGGUUGUCAGUACAUCGUCUUGGAGAGGCUCCCGGUUGAUAACUGGCACAUCGACUAUACCUUGCGUGAUGCAAAGGGGUUUUAUGCCGAGGUCGACGAGAAACUGGGAAUAGCGAAGGAAUGGAUCACUUUCGGCGAGUGGAAACUUGAGAAACAGUGCGACGACGACAUGUAUGGUGACGAUGGAGCUCAUAUCCGCACGGGCAAUAGACCAAAGCUCUGCAAACCGAAGGUCACGAGCAUGAGUAACUUUCCUAUAGCUAUCGACAAGGACAAAAUCGAGGUCCCCAACCCCAAAGUGGUGAUGGAGGCGGCCAUGGCCAACAUGACAAAUCUGGUUUACAGCCUGCUAACCGGGCACUUUCUGGUGGCUACCCACACCAACGAAGUCGAUAGCGCAGACAUUGUCACGGCGGCCAGCAUGCCCGUUUUCAUGCUACAACAAGCCGUCGACGCCAUGAACGGCAUCAAGAAGACGGGUUCCGAUAUCAUCAAGCAAAACAAGAAGAAUCUCAUCACGUUCAUCCUGAGCAUCGUGUUGAUGGUGAUCUCCAUCAUUGGCGAGAUUGGCGGAGCCCUGUUUGGUGGAAUGGCCAUGAUCGCACGCAUCAUUACCCUUAUCGACGUUGCGGGCAGCGUGGGAAUGACUGCCUAUGACAUUGUCGAGGACCCGGGGUCGGCGCCCUUUGCCAUCAUGGGCAUGUUGAUGGGAUUCGUAGGAGGUACAAGGUCCGAGAAGAGCUUGGCGGAUGCUGGCAAAGCACGCAAGGCCAUGCCUGACUCUGCCGUUGCAAAGCUCGGCAAAGUCUUUAGCGAGAAUGACAGGAAGGUUCAGAAAAUCAUCAAUGCCUGUACCAGGAAAAGGUAG